GAUUGAAAUUAGAGAGGCUGUCUUUUGACUUGUGCUUCUCUCAUAAAUAUAUCCUCUCCUUCUCCCUAGUGUUCAAAAAAAAAACCCCAAGUCUUCCAUUGAAACCACAAGGCAAAAAGGAAAACCUCCAUUUCUCUCUUUCCUCCCAAAAAACACACCACCAAGCAUCCAAACAAGGCCAACAGGCUAAAGCUACCUCGCUUUAUAUCUGUAAAAAAGGGUCACUUUGGUUUUAAUUGCAAGCUUCAAGCAGAUCAUGAUCUGAGACUCUUGGAGACACAUACAAACACAGUCUUCAUGAUCUGAGACUCUUGGAGACACAUACAAACACAGUCUUCAUGAUCUGAGACUGUGAGAGACACAUACAAACACAGUCUUCAUGAUCUGAGACUGUGAGAGACACAUACAAACACAGUCUAGUGUGAGAUAGAGAUAUGGGUAGGGCUCCUUGUUGUGAUAAGGCAAAUGUGAAGAAAGGACCAUGGUCUCCUGAAGAAGAUGCAAAGCUUAAGGAGUAUAUUGAAAAAUAUGGAACUGGAGGAAACUGGAUUGCUCUUCCACAGAAAGCAGGUCUAAGAAGAUGUGGCAAAAGUUGCAGAUUAAGAUGGCUUAACUAUCUCAGACCCAACAUUAAACAUGGAGAAUUCACUGAUGAAGAAGAUAGGAUUAUCUGCACCCUCUUUGCCACGAUUGGAAGCAGGUGGUCGAUCAUAGCAGCCCAGUUGCCAGGCAGAACAGACAAUGAUAUAAAGAACUACUGGAACACCAAGCUCAAGAAGAAACUCAUGGCCAUGGCUCCUCCAAUAUCCCACCAGAGAUUAAAACCCCAAUACCCAUCUCUUCUUCAAUCUUCAUCAUCAUCAUCCUCACCUUCUGAUCAAUCAUACAGAGGAAGCAGCAAUUAUAGGUCUAGCUUCGAACCCAUUUCAUCAUUUUCACCAAGUCUCAUGAGCAGCAGCUGUUCUUCUGCUGCUACUGAUCAAUAUCGCCAUCAUCAUCAUCUCCAAAUUAUACCCCAAGAGAGUUUCAUCAGUACUACUACUGCUCAAAUGCAACAUUACCAAGUUAAAGAUCAUAAUUACAAUCUCCUUAUGUUCAGCAGUACGACUGGUGAUCACCAACAACAAGCAAGUUGUAGCUCUUCUGAUGGUAGCUGCAACAACAAUAGUAAUAAUUAUUUCUGUAGUAGUGGGGUGGAAGAAAACCAGAAUAUGAUCCAGAUUUCACAUGGAGGAGAUUAUUUUGUUAACGGGUUGACUAGUAGUAGUACCAGUCAAAAGCAGAAUGGGAAUAUUAAUGGACUAGUGUGGGGAGGAGGAGCAGGAGGAAAUAAUAAUCAGGCGAUGACAACAUCAUUAGAGUAUGGUUUGGAAGAAAUUAAGCAGUUGAUUAGCACAAGUAGUUGCAGCAACUUUUUGUUUGAUGAAAACAAGACAGAUCAGGAAAGGGUGGUGAUGUACUACUGAUGUCUCUCUGAUGCUGACUGUGGGUAAUAUCAAAAAGAUUUUUCCAAUGGCCAAAAAGAUUAAGGGGAUAUGGGUUAAAAGAUUUCAGAUCUGAAUCUGAUUCACUUUGUGGGUGUGUGGGGAAGUAAAGUAACCAGAGGGGUCGGAUAUUAUAUAUAUUAUUAUUAUUAUUAUUA